GCAGGUGUUUUCGCGGAAGACGGUGAAUGUGUGCAAAGAAAAUUUCAUAUUGACUGAAAGAAACUUCUGCUGAAAAAAAAGUGGUUCGAAAAAAUUUCACACGCCCCGAAGUGAGAACGAAGCACGUUGAACCUGAGCUCCACAACAACACUUGCAUCCAUCAUCCACAUCUCUCUCGCUCUCUCAUCCUUGUCGCCCUAUACAAAUAUAAAAAUACUGUAUAUGCAUAAGAGGCUGUCCAAGCAACAACGAAAGGGAAAAAAGAGCAAAAGAGAGCAGAUAGAGAGAGCAUCGUCAUCGUUGGCGCAGGCGUCACAGCUAUACACAAAAAGCUCUACACGAGCCUCGUCGUCGUCGUCGCACUCAUGCAAAAGAGCGCAAUAAAAACACAGAGCCAGGUUCGCGAAAGCCGCAGCAGCAGCAGCAGCUGAGAAUAGAGCACAAAGCUCGUUUAUUUUUUCCCCUUCUCGGUGCUGCACAGCAUAGAGACAGAUCAUAUAGAGAAGACCGUCAUGUCGUCUUCCGGAGUCGACGGUUCGGAGUCUGCGUUGUUGUCCGCAGCUGGGUAUCUCACCACUGCUGCGCAGGAGGUUCUCUCGACAGUGUCGACUACCGUGUCGACACCGACACUGGGUUCAGUGUGGGACGAUGGCUCGCAACGACGGGUCUGGCCUGAAUCCGACGCAGUGGCUGACGGUGAUGGGAACAGAACUGGGUUUGCUGACGGCGCGGUCGACGCGAUUCUCACAACGGCUCUGGAAGCGUUCCGCAUAACGUUGGAAGAGUGUCGACGUGAAGCGCUGCACUAUGGAACUUACGAUCUGCCCAAGCUUUGUGCUGGAAAGUUGCAAAAAGUUGCGAAUCUUGAGUCAAGCUUGAUUCUCGGGCCUGAGAAGCACGGAACAUCCUCUCUCGUACCCGGCACCAUGUGGAACGACAUGAUGACCAGGAACUCCUCGAACUUUACGGAAGAAGUCGUCGCCGGUGGAGAGUUGAGUUUGGACAACUUGUACCCUGCUGUGGUAGAGUGCUUCUUUGUCAUCAUUUGUGGUUAUUUGGCAGGAAGAGCAAACUUCAUAUCAACGAGCGAUGCCAAAGGACUGAAUACUUUCGUCGGCACAUUCGCUCUUCCUGCUCUGAUUUUCAAUUCGAUGGCUGCUUUGGAUUUCAGCUCCGUGAAUUGGACAUUUCUUUUCUCAAUAUCUAUUUCGAAAGCCUUGGUCUUCGCAUUGGUCGUUUUUGUGACGAUUUUGGUUGAAAGACCCAUCGACUUUGGCAAAGCCGGGCUUUUCGCGAUUUUCUGCACACAAAGCAACGAUUUUGCGCUGGGUUAUCCCAUAAUUGCUUCGUUGUACAGGAAUUCGUACCCGGAAUUCCCGUCGUAUUUGUACUUAGUGGCGCCGAUAUCCUUGGUGUUUUUGAACCCGAUCGGGUUCGUGUUGAUGGAAUACCAGAAGCGUCGGGAUCGCGUCAAAAGGGGCGAGGUCGACUCCUUGCAGAAGUCAAAUUUUGUGCUUGCUUUGGACAUUUUCACCGGCGUGAGUCUGAACCCUGUUGUGCUCAUGACUGCUCUCGGCAUCGCCGGAAACUACGCCUUCGGUCAUCGACUUCCGUCAAUAUUGGAAGGCAUUUUGAAAGUCUUGUCAUCAGCGUAUUCAGCCACAGCAUUGUUUGUGCUUGGACUGAGAUUAGUUGGAUCCAUGCAACGGGUUUCCGGAGCAGCGUUUGUUGUUCCUGCGAUCUUGAUCAUGACCAAGGGGUGA